UCGGUACGUGGCAGGUGCAAAAUCACGUGUGAACCUCAUCAUCCCUGUGAAGAAUGCCGCUCCACUUCAAAGGCCAAGUCUGAAACCUCUCUGUCUCCGUCAUAGCUGAACAUAUUAUUUGAUCAUGUAUUCGUUGACAGUGAAACCCUUCUUCACACCUAAUUUAGUUUCUUCUUCUUCAACUUCCACUUCGUCCUCUUCGAUUUCUCUCGUGUCCUUUCCAUCUCGUUCGGUCUCAUCAAUUAGCUUUUCCAGAAAUUUAAAGCCCAAAGGAAGAUUUGGUCUCAGAGUUGAAGCAUACGAUUCCUCCAAUAAUGACAAUUCCAACCCCGCCAGUGCUGGCGACUCCAAACCCCCUAAUGGCACUUUGUCAAAGAGCAGGAGAGAAAUUUUACUGGAAUAUGUUAAGAAUGUGCAGCCAGAAUUUAUGGAAUUGUUUGUGAAAAGAGCACCGCAACAGGUUGUGGAUGCAAUGCGACAAACAGUGACAAAUAUGAUUGGAACACUGCCCCCUCAAUUUUUUGCUGUAACAAUUACCACUGUAGCUGAAAACCUUGCACAGCUCAUGUACAGCAUCAUGAUGACUGGAUACAUGUUCAAGAAUGCGCAAUACCGUUUGGAAUUGCAAGAAAGUUUGGAACAAGUUGUUGCUCUUCCGGAUGUGCAAGAUAAAAAGAUUCCAGAUCGGCUUAGAGGAAAAAAAAUUGCAAAGUACUUUUCUUUAAUCUGGUGUGGACUUGUAGAAAAGGAAAAGGUUGUUAUUGGGCAGGAUGUGCCAGACUUUGCAUCUGGCACACAAAAGAAUGUUUCAGGUGAAGUUAUUCGGUGGAACAAUGUUUCUGGGCCUGAGAAAAUAGAUGCUAAAAAGUACAUUGAAUUACUUGAAGCGGAGAUUGAGGAGCUGAGUUGUCAAGUUGGGAGACAAACUAGCAAUGCACAAAAUGAACUGUUGGAAUACCUAAAAUCUCUCGAGCCUCGAAAUUUGAAGGAGUUGACUAGUACUGCCGGCGAGGACGUAGUGUUUGCGAUGAAUGCAUUUAUAAAGCGCCUGCUGGCUGUUUCAGAUCCUAGCCAAAUGAAGACUAGCGUGACCGAGACUAGUGCAGCUGAACUUGCGAAGCUGCUUUAUUGGUUGAUGGUGGUUGGGUACAGCAUUCGCAAUAUUGAAGUUCGUUAUGACAUGGAAAGAGUAUUUGGCGCUCCUCCAAAGCUAGCUGAAUUACCGCCAGGUGAAAAUGUUUAAGCUGUCUGGAAUUAAGCAGUUCAACAAAGUACUCGUGUCCCUAGUUGAAGCCAAAUGCCCUAAUUAGAUUUUACACCUUUUUUGUUGAUUGGCUGAAAGGCCAAUCAUGAGCUCAAAGAGAAGUCUGCAUUUUUCUGCGGUCAUGAACGAUUGGUAUCCUAAUUUAUAUAUUUGAUAAAACUUUUCCUUUUUUGGCCACCAUGAAA